AUGGCUUCUGCAUCAGGCUUGAAGCGCACGGAAUCGAUAAAAGACAACAUGUCAUCAGACGAAUCGAAGCAUAGUAGGUACCAUAUGAAAAGGUGCUUUGCCAAGUACCUUGAGAAAGGUAGAAGAAUCAUAAAAGUUCAUGACUUGAUGGAAGAAAUGGAGCAAGUUAUAAAUGACCAGAGAGAUAAGAAUCAUAUAUUGGAAGGCAAUCUUGGGUUCUUAUUAAGUUGUACACAGGAAGCUAUUGUUGAUCCACCAUAUGUUGCUUUUGCUGUAAGGCAAGAUCCUGGUGUUUGCGAAUAUGUAAAAGUGAGCUCUGAGAAUCUUUCAGUUGAACCUAUAACAUCCACUGAUUACCUCAAAUUUAAGGAAAGAAUAUACGACGAGAAAUGGGCGAAUGAUGAAAACGCGUUGGAAGCAGAUUUUGGAGCAUUUGACUUUCCUAUUCCUAAGUUAACCUUUCCUACUUCAAUUGGAAAUGGACUGCAUUUUGUUUCAAAGUUCUUAACUUCGCGAUUUAGUGGCAAAUUGGCAAAAACACAGCCUAUAUAUGACUACUUGUUAUCGCUAAAUCAUCAAGGAGAAAGUCUAAUGAUAAACGAUACGUUGAGCUCAGUUGCAAAGCUGCAGAUGGCACUAACAGUGGCUGAUGCAUUUCUCUCAGCACUUCCAUUGGAUACUCCCUAUCAUGAUUUUGAACCAAGGUUUAAGAAGUGGGGUUUGGAAAGAGGAUGGGGAGAUACUGCAGGAAGAGUGAAGGAUACAAUGAGAGCUUUGUCCGAAAUACUCCAAGCUCCAGACCCGAUAAACAUGGAAAAGUUUUUCAGUAGAGUUCCAACAAUAUUCAAUGUUGUUAUCUUCUCUAUUCAUGGUUAUUUUGGUCAAGCUGAUGUUCUUGGCUUGCCAGAUACUGGCGGACAGGUAGUUUACAUAUUGGAUCAAGUGAGAGCUUUGGAAGCAGAAAUGCUACUUAGAAUUAAGCACCAAGGCUUAAAAGUGAAGCCUCAAAUUCUUGUGGUGACAAGGCUCAUACCUGAUGCUCAAGGAACCAAAUGCAAUCAGGAAUUGGAACCAAUCAUUGAUACUCAACACUCGAAAAUUUUACGCGUGCCUUUUCAGACAGAUAAAGGAGUCCUACGUCAAUGGGUUUCUCGCUUCGACAUUUAUCCUUAUCUUGAGAGGUUUACGCAGGAUGCCACAACUAAGAUUCUCAACAUCAUGGAAGGAAAACCAGAUCUUGUUAUAGGCAAUUACACAGAUGGGAAUUUGGCAGCUUCUCUUAUGGCUAGCAAACUUAAGAUAACUCAGGGAACUAUAGCACAUGCUUUAGAGAAGACUAAGUAUGAAGAUUCAGAUGUCAAGUGGAAAGAAUUAGACCCAAAGUAUCACUUCUCGUGUCAAUUCAUGGCCGAUACAAUUGCGAUGAAUGCAUCCGAUUUCAUCAUAACUAGCACAUAUCAGGAAAUUGCCGGAAGCAAAGAUAAACCCGGACAAUAUGAAAGUCAUGCGACAUUUACACUCCCGGGGCUAUGCAGAGUUGUUUCAGGGAUAAAUAUAUUCGAUCCGAAGUUCAACAUAGCUGCACCUGGAGCUGACCAAUCCGUCUAUUUUCCUUACACAGAGAAAGACAAAAGACUCACUCAAUUUCAUCCUGCCAUUGAAGACUUACUAUAUAGUAAAGUAGAUAACAAAGAUCAUAUUGGAUAUCUAGAAAACAAGAAACAACCUAUUAUCUUCUCAAUGGCAAGGCUUGAUGUUGUAAAGAACAUAACCGGUUUAGUCGAAUGGUACGGAAAGAACAAGAGAUUGAGAAGCCUAGUGAACCUUGUCAUAGUUGGAGGAUUCUUUGAUCCUUUGAAAUCAAAAGAUAGAGAAGAAAUGGCAGAAAUAAGAAAAAUGCACGAUUUAAUCGAAAAGUACCAACUGAAGGGACAAUUUAGAUGGAUUGUUGCGCAGACCGAUAGGCAUCGCAACGGAGAGCUUUAUCGCUUCAUUGCUGACACAAAAGGAGCUUUUGUGCAGCCUGCUUUGUAUGAAGCAUUCGGUCUAACUGUCAUCGAAGCAAUGAACUGUGGUUUGCCUACUUUCGCUACUAACCAUGGAGGUCCAGCAGAAAUUAUUGUCGACAGCGUUUCCGGUUUUCAUAUUGAUCCUCUCAACGGAGACGAAUCAAGCAACAAAAUUGCUGAUUUCUUCGAAAAGUGUAAAGUGGAUUCGACACAUUGGAACAUGAUUUCUGCAGCGGGAUUGCAGCGCAUCAAUGAACGCUAUACAUGGAAGAUCUAUGCUAACAAGUUGAUGAAUAUGGGAAGCAUUUAUACAUUUUGGAGGACAGUGAAUAAUGAUCCGAAAAAAGCGAAGCAAAGAUACAUUUGGAUGUUCUAUAACCUUUUGUUUAAGAAUUUGGUAAGUAAUAUAGCUGUUCUAAGUGAUGAACCUCAAAAACCAGUGUCCAACUUGAAGCAGCAAAGUCUCAAAAAGCAAGGAACAAGCAGCAGGCGUUCGAAGUCCAAAUUUCAGAGUUAA